UAUCACUAGUGCCCAAUUGAAUUUCAAACAGUGAUGCAAAAUCGUAAUAUUUUUUAUUGUUUUUAUUGCAAAAAAAAACAUAAAGCAUGAAGGAAAAGCCGCUCUCCUGAACAUUUACCGGAAUUUCUAACAAUAUCCAUGCAGUGAACUGCUAUAUACAAAAAGUGAUCACAGCGAAAAAAUCAAAGUAGUGAAAUAUCUCUCAUCACUAGUUAUUUGCGGUUCGAGAUUUUGACUCUGUUAAUUGUCGCGCAAAAGCAAAUUGUUUUUCAAAGCGGUACUAUUACGCCCGUUACAUAAAGAUUUAGUAUAUUCUCUAUAUAAAACCAAAUUGAACUAUGAUUCCUGUAUGGCAAAUGGUGUUUGGUGUUUGUGUAGGCCUGGUUGCCUUGUUACUUGUGCGUCCACCUCAGGUUGGCUAUCAUCAAGAAAGACGCCGAAAAAGUACAAACAGUGAAGAUAGAUAUACACCAGGAUUUAAUUCAUCUCCCGGAGAUGAUUGUGUCAUUUGUCUUAUGGAAUUGGAGAAUGAAAAUAUGACAUAUCUGCCAUGCGGUCACGCUUUGCACGACAAUUGCAUCGAACAAUACAAGCGGCAUAAGAAAAAUUGUCCAAUUUGUCGCGAACCCAUGUGAGAGAUUUUGAAUGUUAUACAUUUUUCUUUUCGUACUCCAUCAUACAAUUUCCAUUUGGGAAAUAUAUUGAUUUGAGUGUGGAUUUAUGAAGAAUUAUUAAUUGCGGGAAGAAUAACUAUUUUUUAAAUAUUUUUAUAUAAAUGAAAAAAAAUUUGACUGAUGAUAAUGGCAAGAAGUACAGCAGUUUAUGAAAAGACGAA